AUGUCUCAUAUGGAUGAAGCAGCCCGUCGGCUGUCCAAAAGUGGAACGAGCCUGUAUGCAGUGUUGGAGCUUAAGAAGGGUGCCUCACCUGAGGAUGUAAAAAAGUCCUACAGGAGACUGGCCUUGAAGUAUCAUCCAGACAAGAAUCCAGGAGAUCCUCAAGCAGCAGAAAUAUUCAAAGAGAUCAACACAGCCCACGCCAUAUUGAGUGACCCUAAGAAGCGGAAAGUCUAUGACCGGCAUGGCUCACUGGGAAUAUACAUAUAUGAUCACUUUGGCGAAGAAGGCGUCAGAUACUAUUUUGUGAUGAAUAGUUGUUGGUUCAAGACUCUUGUCCUCCUGUGUUGUCUGCUCACUUGUUGCUGUUUCUGUUGUUGCUGUUGCUUUUGCUGUGGAGCACUUAGGCCACCAUCUGAGGAGAUAGUUAAGAGAAACCAUCAACAGAAUGUCAGGACUCAGCCUUCAAGAUCAGGAUCUUGA